AUGUCUUUUGACAUAAAUUGGGAGAGUCUCGUUUCUGAUGCUGCGGUGAAUGAGAAGCUGGCGACUUUUUUGAACGACCAGCUCUCUAGCAUCACCCUGCCCGAGUACCUCUCCGGCCUGAAGGUCAUCAAGUGUGAGUUGGGAGAUAGGGCACCGGAAAUCACCGUGCGAAACAUUGAUGUGCCAUUUCCAGAAUUCUACAAGGAUGUUAGACAGUCCAAGGAAGAGUCAGGUGACGAAUACGCGGAGUCUGACACUGUGGUUAGACAUGGCACUGUUAGUCCUUGUGGACAGACACCGUCAGAUAUGGUAACGGGACUGGGAGUCACCAUGGAAUCGUCCAUUUCUUCCCUUGGUGGUCUCCACGAUACUUCAUCGAUGUCCACAACUCCGCUGCAAAGCCCCAGCCAUUUGACUCCGUCGGUACUUCCAGGUUUCAUGAACCGAGGCCUACUGGUCUCGACUCCUUUAAGCCAUCCUGCUUCGGGUUCUUUCAAUUAUCUCAGUCACCAUGGCCACGGAGUGGGUAUAAGCGGUUCUUAUUUCCCUAGUUUUGCCUCCAGGUCGAAUAGUCAGUUUUCGAGCCGACAGGCCAGUCCUCCGCCUCUUCCUCAGCACAGCGAGAUGUCUUUUGAUUCACCCAAAAGCGAUCCGAACUCUCGCAGUAGAACACCCGAGUUCAACGAGAGCUUUACUAAUGCAGAAACAAAUGAAGGCGUUGAAACCAAGAACCAGGACGUGAAGGACAGGGACUUGCAGGUGAUAGCGGAGAUCAAGUUCGAUGGAGAUAUAUACAUAGAGGUCACGGCAAAUCUCCUAGUGAAUUUUCCAGCGCCUAACUUCAUUUCGCUGCCUGUGAGGUUGAAAAUUACAGAUCUGCAGAUCCACUCGAUUGCAGUUUUGGCGUACUUAGAGUCCAGAUUGUAUGUGAGUUUCCUAUGUGACGUUGAAGACAACGAAAACGAGGAGACCGGCACUGGUCUGAACGAUGCUGGAAGCCAGACUUCAACACGUCAUUCGUCGCUAGCUCAUAUGGAACCAACUCCGACUGUUUUGACCGAAAAUGCUACGAACAGAGAACGAAUCGACAUAAUAAAGCAAUUGCGCAUAGAGGGAGAGCUGGGGUCUUAUGCCGAGGGCCAGGAUCCCGCCAAUGCAGAGCUGGCCUUGCAAAAUUCACACAAGGAAGGGUCAAUCUUGAGAAACAUUGGCAAGAUUGAAAAGUUUUUGGUUGCCUCGAUCAGAGAGAUACUGAUCAGAGAACUGGCGUGGCCCAGUUGGAUAAUGUUUGACUAUAAUGAUGACGACGAUGAUGAUGAUGAGGAAGAGAGUGAUGAAGGAGAAGAAAUCAAAGGCUAG